GAAACUUUUAGGCCUGGAAUGGGGGUACUUUGAAAUACUGUCUGCUCUCAGCUCUCUGUUAGUCAGGCAAAGAGUGGAAUUUUUUGUUUCUGGGAAGUCGAAACCCAAAGGAAGGCGAAACAUGAGCUUUCGAGACGUUCCAAGUGGUGGUCGGGGUCGGCCCUCCUCAUCUUCAUCAUCGAUGGCGUCCAAGAGCCCCUCACAAGCGGUGGCAGCCGGUAUCUUCCAGAUUAACACCGCCGUUGCUGCAUUCCGUCGCCUUAUGGAUGCCAUCGGCACAGCCAAGGACACUCCUGAUCAACGCCAAAAGCUGCACAGUACCAGGCAAAGGAUUCUGCAAUUAGUGAAGGAAACUUCCGCUAAGCUCAAGGCUUUGAGUGAAUCCGAUCAUGACCCUACUGUCGAUCCAAGUAAGAAGAUAGAAGAUGCAAAGCUUGCUAGGGAUUUUCAGAACACACUGCAAGAAUUUCAGAAAGUUCAGCAGUUGGCCUCUGAACGCGAGUCUACUUACUCUCCUGCUGCUCUUCCACCCUCCUUGCCCACAAACUCUGGCUCCAUUGAUUCUUGGGCACCUACUCUGCCUCAAGAGAAACAACCUUUUCUUAUGGAACAGAGAAGACAAGAGGCAGUUUUGCUGGAUAAUGAAAUUGCCUUCAAUGAAGCUAUGAUUGAGGAAAGAGAACAGGGUAUCAGAGAAGUAGAGGAGCAAAUAGGACAAGUAAAUGAAAUAUUCAAGGACCUUGCUGUUCUUGUCCAUGAGCAGGGUAUGGUCGUUGAUGACAUUUCAUCAAAUAUUGAUUCUUCCUCUGCUGCAACGAUCGAGACUAGAGUUCAACUAGCUAAGGCUUCCAAAAAUGUGAAAUCCCAAACCUCAUUGGUAUGCAGUACACUGUUGACUUCUAGAAUUUUAUUGAACAUGAAAUUCUUUGUAUUUGUAGUUGAAAUUUUGCUGAGCAAAUACAAUGUGCAAAGAUUGUUUCAACCUUCAGAUCCAUUCACUGUGUGCUUGCUUUGAUGAUAGAGUAUGAAUUGCAAAUAAACUUGAAUAACAAAUAAAGAGGAAGAAGAUAAUGGACAGGUACUACUGUCACAAGAAAGGAGGCAUAGUGAUUCUGAGGUGCAUGAAUUACUUAUGUUAAAGACUUCUAAUUGCUGCAUGUAAGAGUCUGGUCAAUGCUCAUGAUAUAAGACAUUUAGAUAGAAGAGGAAGGCAGGGAGCAUAAGCGAGAAAUUAGAGGACAAAAUGACCAAUUCCAGAUUCAUUUUUGUCAAUGGUCUAUUACAGUUGAGAAAAUAUUUAAUGUGAUUCCAUACGUUUGGAUGGAUGUUAUAGAAAUCGUAGGUUUGACGUGCAACUGAUCUAUAUGUCCACAAAUAAAUAAUAUUGAAUUUAAGGAAGAUACUGCUGGCUAGUUCAUAGCUUUGCUGUUGUUUAACUGGCAAUAUUAAAUGAACCCAUAGCUUUAGUCCCUGGUAUGCAAAGUUCUUUUUAAAACUCUAUCUACUUACACAUAUAGGUAGUGGGGAGGCAUAUUCACAACAUUGCCAAUCCUUAUGAAAGCCUUCCAAGACAAAGAUCAUAUUCAAACUAUUAUUCUGAAAGUUGCACAUUGAUGAAAAGUCCCAUGCACAAUGGGCUGUAGCAAAGGAAUCAUAUGCUCCUUAGUCCUUCCUACAUUAAGCUCUCAAAGAUGUAAAAAUGCAGGUUUUUGAGAUAGCAUUCUGCGGUGUUUUUAAUCUAUUUGAAAUAUUUAUAUCAUGACUAUCGUGUAUCCCUAGCAUAAUGCUUUUUAAGUGUUAUAUGAUCUAAUAACCAUUCCACUUGUUUCCCUAAUUUUUGUAUCUCAUCUUGAUAUCUUGUUUCUUAU